AGCACCUGUCAUCCAAAAGGCCCGCGAGCGCCCUCCCUGCUUCCCUCCCCCGCCUCAGGCGCUGACCCGCGGCCCCCUGCCAGCCAAGGAACCGGCGCCGUCUAUUUAUAUCGCUUGUCAGGCUCAGGCCCAUAUUGGGCAGUGCAGCGGGUCAGGCCCCUCCCGGUGCGUCGACCCCAGAGCAUGCCGGCUGGGUUGCAGCGCUGUUGCGGGGCCCUGCAGAGCAAGUGGGCGGGUAUUUCGUGGCAUCUCUGUGAGUAAUCAGAAAAACAAAUAGCUACUCAGGAAUCAAGCUAAACGUAAGGAAGAUCCAGAAACUUCGGAGAGUGUGUCAUGGAGCGCAAGACUGAGGGAAAAGAGAAAUGCCAACACAGCUUGAACUUACUGAAUACAAUUAAGAACAUGAGAGAAUUAACAGAAAUGAUUGAUGUAGUGCUCAUUGCUGAAGAGGAGAAAUUCCCUUGCCACAGACUGGUCCUGGCUGCCUUUAGUCCUUAUUUCAAAGCUAUGUUCACCUGUGGACUGCUGGAAUGUACUCAGAGGGAAGUCGUCCUCUAUGACAUUACAGCAGAGAGUGUAUCAGUGAUACUAAAUUACAUGUACAGUGCAGCUCUGGAGAUCAACAAUGCUAAUGUGCAGACCGUGGCUAUGGCUGCCUAUUUUAUGCAGAUGGAAGAAGUCUUCAGAGCGUGUCAGAAAUACAUGAUGGACCACAUGGAUGCCUCCAACUGUGUAGGAAUUUAUUAUUUCGCAAAGCAGAUUGGAGCUGAGGAUUUAUCCGAUCAGUCAAAGAAGUAUUUGUAUCAGCACUUUGCUGAAGUGAGCUUACAUGAAGAAAUACUAGAUGUGGAAGUGCACCAAUUUCUGGCACUUAUUAAAUCAGAUGAUCUUAACAUAUCCAGAGAGGAGAGCAUUCUGGACUUGGUGCUGAGAUGGGUAAAUCAUAACCAAGAAUUGCGCACAGAGCAUCUCGUUGAGCUUUUGAAGGAAGUCAGAUUGGAACUUAUAAAUCCUUCUUUCUUAAGGCAGGCCCUCAAAAGGAAUACAAUGCUGCUGUGUGAUGCAAGCUGCAUUGACAUCAUUCAGAAUGCAUUCAAAGCCAUCAAGACACCCCAGCAGCAAUCUCUGAAUCUUCGCUAUGGCAUGGAGACCACCAGUCUUCUGCUUUGCAUUGGCAACAACUCUUCAGGAAUCAGGUCAAGACACAGAAACUAUGGCGAUGCAAGCUUUUGUUAUGAUCCUACUUCCCGGAAAACCUAUUUCAUCUCGUCUCCCAAGUACGGAGAGGGGUUAGGGACCGUAUAUACUGGCGUUGUCAUGGAAAAUAACACUAUCGUUGUGGCUGGGGAAGCAAGUGCUUCAAGACUCUCUAGACAAAAGAACAAGAAUGUUGAAAUUUAUAGGUAUCAUGAUAGAGGAAACCAGUUUUGGGAAAAGUUAUGCACAACUGAAUUUCGGGAGCUGUAUGCUCUGGGCAGUGUCCAUAAUGACCUCUAUGUUGUAGGAGGACAGAUGAAAAUUAAAAACCAGUACCUCAUUACAAAUUAUGUUGAUAAGUACUCUGUAGAACGAGACAACUGGAAAAGGGUGUCUCCUCUUCCACUGCAGUUGGCGUGUCAUGCUGUAGUGACAGUGAAAAACAAACUUUAUGUGAUUGGAGGCUGGACCCCUCAGAUGGAUCUUCCUGAUGAAGAACCUGAUCGAUUAAGCAACAAACUGUUGCAGUAUGACCCCAGCCAAGAUCAAUGGCAAGAGCGGGCGCCCAUGCAGUACUCUAAGUACCGAUUCAGCACAGCCGUAGUCAACAGUGAGAUUUAUGUUCUAGGUGGAAUUGGCUGCCUGGGGCGAGAUAGAGGCCAGGUUCGGAAAUGCCUUGAUGUGGUGGAGAUCUACAACCCAGAUGGGGACUUCUGGCGAGAGGGCCCACCUAUGCCAAGUCCCCUUCUCUCUCUCCGAACGAAUUCCACCAAUGCUGGGGCAGUGGACGGGAAGCUCUAUGUCUGCGGGGGAUUCCAUGGAGCAGAUAUCCUUUUUAGUGGAGAGACUGAAGCCAGAUGACCAUGAGCAUGAGGCCGGCCUGGAAGAGCAGCUUCACCAAAAAUGAGCAUGUGACGCAAGAAAGAGUAGAUGCAGGAAACAGGACCAAACAUCAUAGGGAGGAAAGGAAAUUCCUGGGAGGACAUGGAGGGAAAGUCCAGAGAGCAACCCAUACAGAGCAGAGCUUGUCGAAAGGCUAUGAGAGCAAUGUCUUCAGGAAGAGAAACAGGCCACCUGACCCUGGAUGUUGAGACUCCAAAACGUGAGCUACACAAAGCUCUUUUCUUUAGGAGUCCUUAGCUUCAGUUAUUUUGUUACAGCAACAGAAAACAAACCAAGACAGAGGCACUAAAGACUCGACUCAUCUGACUUUGGUCUAGAAAUUUUUCUUUACUUACUUCGUUUUUUGAAAAAAGGUUACACAUUUGCAGAAAAGCAUGAAAACUAACAGAAACAAAGCAACUUGAGAGCAAAUGGCAAGUAAGUAAUACAGGACAGGAAAAGUAUACCACACAACUCACCAGUGAGGUGCAUUUAUAACAGUGAUGGCAGUGUUGAGCUAACCAGAGCUAUGCCUUAACCGUACUAGAAAAAUGAGGGAACAGAAAGUAGGCAGGUGUGGUGCAGACCAGAGGGAAAGGUAAACCCACAAUUCCCGCAAAGUUGAGUCUUCAAAGCCUCUGUCUUGGUCUGUUUUCUGUUGCUAUAACAAAAUAACUGAAGCUAAGGGCUCCUAAAGAAAAGAGGUUUAUGUAGCUCAGGUUUUGGAGUCUCAAAGUCCAGGGUCAGGUGGUCCCAACUGUCUGGCCUCUGUUGGGCUCUCUUGGCCACAUUCCACAAUGCCAGAUGACAUCAAGGUGACAGUGCACACAAAGGGCAGGUCACACGGCCAGACAGGAAGCCAGGGGGAUGUAGGAGCCAGGCUUGCUAUUCUAGAGCAGCCUGCUCUCUGGAACCAACCAGAGCACUGAGAACUGUGGCUAUCCUUUCCAAGGGCAGUGAUGACCUAACUACCCUUGUAGACCCUGCCUCUUAAAGGGCCUUCAUCCUCCCAAGACCAGGAUGGUGGCCCUGGGGAUGAGCUCACCAGCACACAAAUCACUAAAGAAUGUACUCAAACCAGAAGUUGAGAAGUGGGAGUGGUGUUCUUAAAAAUGUUAUUAGCAGGUCUAGUUGUCAAGGCUGGAGGAGUCAGAAAGGGUAGAAAGAGAAGCGGUAAAUGGGGGCCACAUUUUUAAGGACUAAAGCUUACAAAGUCAUUUGACAGUAAGUCAUGUGAUUGGGAAGCUGAUGAAAAACUACUUCAAAUACACAAGCGCAGUCUCUAUUGGUGAUGGUGACCAUUUUGAAGCUUUCAGUGAUACAAACAUCCUCUGCAGCAUGUGUGCCAUAGGCUUGCCACUACUGGUCUAUUUGAUAGAGGAAUACUAAAGAGAGAAUUAAGGAAAAUAUUAGCAGACAUGUAUUGGACAUCAAACCCCCAUGGGUCUCAUACCUGUGAUGUAUCUCAGGAGGAGCACCAGCUGCCUUCUCUCUGGUCCGUCCCUCCCAGCUUCUUCCUGUCACAGACAUCAUGGGCAAUGUGUUAUUUUCCUCCAGGCCAAAGGCAAGCCUGGGACACAUCAGAAGGUCUUUUCUCCACCACCAGCAUGACCUCAGGAAGCCAGUGCUAGGCUUCAAGAAGGUCAGGACUCAGGACCUUCUGAAAUUCUUACAAAAUAUGGGAAAAAUGGCAUUUCCCAACUUGUUCUAUGAGUCCAAUGUUAUGCUGAUACCAAAAGCCAGAGAAGGAUGUUGCAGAAAAAAAACAAUACAUCAAUAGCCUUUCUGAAUAUAAGUGGGAGAGUCUUCUUUUGAGAUCUACAGUGCUGCACAUUUUGUCAAUUAAAAAUAUAUGCAUAAAGCCAGGCAUGGUGGUGCAUGGUACAUACCUGUAAUCUCAGCACUAGGGAGGCUGAAGCAGGAGGACUGCCACAAGUUUGAGGUCAGCCUGGGCUACAUAGAGAGUUCAAGGGCAGCCUGAGCUACAUAGUGAGACUCUGUCUCAAAAAAAUAUAUAUACAUAUAUAUAUAUGCAUACAAGUUAGCUCUUACAGUUUGUUUUAAACAAAAGAAUACAUAGUCCUUCAUAUCUGUGAGUUCUCUUUCAUUAGCCCGUGUUUGUGGUACAUAAUGAUCACAUACCCUUGUAAAGUUGGUGCAUAGACAGAAACACUUUCAUUCUUUUCCACUCCUUUCCUCCCUGUCUCCUCCUGUUCUCUGUCUCUUGACACCCUUCCCAUUUAUGAAAGAUCUGGCUCCCUACUUCCUAUUAUCUCUCUUUUAUUUUGCUCAUUAUUUAUUCUCUGGGUUUCUCAUAUAAGGGCAUCUAUGCAAUACUGGAGCUUUUGUGUCUGAUUUAUUUCGUUUAACAGUAAUGUCUCAAGGUGCUCCUAUUUUCCCACAAAUAACUCAAGUUUAUCCUUCUUUAUGGCAAAGCAGUACUCCACUGUGUGUAGACACCACAUUUUCUUUAUCCAGCCAUCUACUGAUGCACAAUAUAGGCUACUUCCAAGAUUUAUCUGUUAUGAGUGUGCUGCUAUAAACACAAGUGUGUGUGAGUCACUGUAAUAUAAUGUCCCUAACUCUUUUGGAUAGAUACCUAGAAGAGGGCUAGCUGGCUGAAAUGGAAUUUCUAGUUUUAUUUUUCGGAGGAAUCUCCAUACUGAUUUCCAUAGUGGUUGUAUUAGUUCCCACAGCCUCCAGCAUUUGUCAAUAUUUGGUUUCUUAAAGAUAGACAUUCUUCCUGGGGUAAGAUGGAAUCUCAGUGUUUUUUAAAAUUUGUAUUUUUCUAAUGGCCGACAAUGUUGAGCCUUUUUUCAUGCAUUUAUUGGCCAUCUGUACUUCUUCUUCUGGGAAGUGUCUGUUCAUUUCACUCACUCAUUUUUUGAUUGGGUCUCAUUUAGAGGGAAGUCUAAUUUUUUAAUUCUUUAUGUAUUACAAAUAUUAGUCCUCUGUCUGAAGAAUAGCUGUAAAAAAUUUUUUCUUAUUCUAUAGGUUGUCUCUUCAUUCUGUUAGGUAUUUCUUUUGCUGUGCAGACUUUUUAAUUUGAAAUGAUCACAUUUGUUAAUUCUUGAUAUUGUUUCCUGUGCAACUGAGGUUCUGGUAAGAAAGUCCUUGCCUAUGCUUGCAUUAUUAAGAUCUUUAUCUGUUUUACCUUCCAGUGGAUUAAAUGCUUCUUUUUAAAUAUUUAUAUCUUUGAUUCAUUUUGAUUUUUAUUUUAAUACAUAUUUUAAUACAAGAUAUGGGUCUGGAUUCAGUCUUCUGCAUAAGGAUAGUCAGUUUUCCCAGCAUCAUUUGGAUAUCUUUCUUCCAGGGUAUGUUUUUGGCCCCUUUGUCAAAGAUCAGAUAACUGAAUGUAUCCAGGAUUACUUCUGGGUCACCUAGUCUGUUGAACUGAUCCAUAUGUCUGUUUGCAACCAUGCUAUUUUUGAUCACUGUGGCUUUGUGAUAUAACUUCGAAUCUGAGAUGGUGAUUCUUCCUGCUCUGCUCUUGUUAUCCCGGAUUGUUUUGGCUUUUCUGGGUCUCUUCUGGUUCCAUAUAAAUGUCAGAAUUGCUUUCUCCAGUUGUGUGAGGCAUGCUGUUGGUAUUUUGAUUGAGAUUGCAUUAAAUCUAUACAUCAGUUUUGAAAGUAUGCCCAUUUUGAGUAUUCAGGUUCAGCUUGUCCAGGAACAAGUAAUGUCUUUCCAUUUUCUGAAGUCUUACUCAGUCUCCCUUUCCAGAGUACUAUAUGUAGUUUUUUUCAUUUCCUUUGUUAGGUUAAUUUUAAGUAUUUAAUUUUUCUUGGUUUAUUGUGAAUGCGUUUUUUUCCUAAUUUAAUCUUGAACAAAAUACUAGCAAACCAAAUCCUACAUCAUACAACAAGAAUGCUCUAUCAAGACCAAACAGAAUCUAUCUGAAAAAUGAAAUGUUGGCUAACCAUCUGAAAAUUAGUUGAUGUCAUCUACCAUACUGAUAGAAUAAAAGCCAAAAAAAGAUGAACAUCUUUAUAGAUGCAAAAAAAAAAAAAAAAGAUUUCACAAAAUCUACCACUCACUCACUAUAUAAGUACUCAGUAUACUAGAAAUAGAAGACAAAGUUCUCAAACUUAUAAAGGGCAUCUAUGAAAAAUCCAACAGCUAAUAUCAUUCGUAGAGUGAAAGAUAAAAAUUUUUCCUCUAAAAUCACGAACUCUUGCCAUUUCUAUUCAGAAUUGUGCUGGAGUAUAUAAUCAGGAAACAUAGGAAAGAAAAAGAAAAGAUAAGGCAUCCAGAUUGGGAAGUGAUAAAAGGUAAUUACAUGUGACAGGAUCUGGUUUUGGGGGGGGAAGAGUCUCUUUUUUUUUGUCCUGGAGAUGGAAAUUUGGACUUUCACACUGAACUAUAUCCCCAGUGCUUUUUAUAUUUUAUUUUGAGACAAGAUUUUUCUAGGAUGCCCAGACUGGCCUCUAACUUUCCGUCCUUCUGACUUAGCCACCCAGAGUGCUGGAAUUACAAGUAUGUGUUACUAUGCCUAACUAACAAAAUCUUGUGUUGAGAAAAUCCUAAGAAAUUACAAGAAAACUAUUAGAGCCAGUAUUAGUUCAGCAAGGUUAUAGAACAUAAGACCAGUAUACGAAAAGCAGUUAUGUUUUAUACCCUUGCAUUGAACAAUCAAAAAAUGAAAUUAAACAACCAUUCCAUUUACUAUAGCAUCAAAAAGAAUAAAAUACUUAGGAAUAAAUUUUCUUCCUAAAAAGUUAUAGGCCUUGUACACUGCAAAACAUUAGUAAAAGAAAUUGAAAACCUAAAUAGAUAGUAAGACAUUAUAUAUAAAACUUGGUAAGGUGAUAUUAAAAUUCAAAUGGAAAUGCAAGAGACUCAAUAUAACUAAAAACAAUCUUGUAAAAGAAAAAUAAAGUUAGAAGAUUUACACUUCCUAAUUUCAAAACUUAAUUUAAAACUAUAAUAAUCAAUACUGUGAUAGUGGCAUAGAAUAUAUAUGGAUCGAUGGAAUAGACUUGUGAGUCCAGAAGUAAUCCCUUCUAUUACAGCCAAUUGAUUGUCAACAAAGCUUCCAUGACAGUCUCAUGGAAAAAAGAUCUUUUUGUCAGCAAAUGGCACAGGAAUAAUUGGAUAUCCCCAUGCCAAAGAAUGAAGUUGGAUCCCUACCUCACACCAUGUACAAAAAUGAACUCAAAAUAGAUCUAAAACUUAGACAUAAGUGUUAAAACUCUAAAACUCAUAGAAGAAAAUAUAGGUAUAAACUUCUGUGACAUUGACAGUGGUUUCUUAGAUAUACCUGAACCGUAUAUGCAAAAAUAGAGACAAAUCAUGCCUCAAAAUUUAAGACUUUUCUGUUUCAAAAGGCAACAUCAAGAAAAUGAAAAAGCAACCAACUACUAAAGGAUGAGAGAAAAUAUUUGCAAAUCCUAUAUCUGAUGAGACUUGUAUCUAUACUAUAUGUAAAAAUCUUACAAAUCAAUAAUAAAAAGACAAUCUAUGUUUUUAAGUAGCAAAAGACUUCAAUAGACAUUUCUCCAGUGAGUGCUUAGCACUCCUUCCAUUGUGGAAAUGCAAAUCAAAAUCCUGAGAUGGCACUUUGCACCUACCAGGAUGACUAUAGUUAAAGAGUUAGAGAAUAACAAAUACCAACAAGAAUUGGAGAAGUUGGCAUCCCUAUUCACUCCUGUGGAAAACAGAAAAUAUACAGCUGCUGUGGAAAUCAGCCUGGCAUUUCCUCAUAGGUUAAACUCAGGGUUGCCAUGUGACCCAGAAAUUCUACUGCUACACAAGAGAAUUCUAAAUAUCUGUCCAUACAGAAGCUUAUACGUGAAUGUUUACAGCAGCAAUAUCUGUAACAGUUAAAAAGUGAACAACUGCAGCAUUUAUCAACAGAAUGGAUAAAUAGAAUAUGCUAUAUUUAUGUGGUAGGAUGUUAUUUGGCAAUAAAAUGGAAUGAAGUUCUAUUACACACUAUGACCUGAGUGAACCCUGAAAAUGUUAAUCUAAGUGAAAGAUAGCAGCCACAAAAGACCACAUAUUGUAUGACCCCAUUUUCAUGAAAUGUCCGGGAAAGGCAACUGCACAGAAACAGAAAAUAAUCUUAUGGUUAUCAGGGGCCAGGGGAAGGGUUGAUGGAAAGUGACUGGUAAUGGGUACAGGGUUUCGCUGAGGUGACGAAGAUGCUCUAAAAUUAAACAGUCAUGAUUGUAUAACUUUGUGAAUGUGCUUUGAAAAAUCACUGAAUUGUAUACUUUCUAAAAUGAAAUUUAUUUAUAAGGCC